AUGGCCUCGCGGGGCGGGGGGACACCCGCGGCGAGCGGGGCGAGCGGCCCCGCCGAACUACAGCUCCCACAAGGCCCGCGCGGCCUCUCGCCGCCGCCGCCGCCGCCGCCCCGGAACUACGCGGACCACAAUGCACCGCGCCACCGGCGGAACUACCCGCCCCACACUGCGCCGCGGCCCCUCCCUGCGCGCGCGCGCUCGCGCCUAUGUCUCGCGAGAGGCGGCGGGACGCGGGAGGAGUCAUCGGCCGUUACCGGGCCCGCCAUGGCCGACAGGCGAUCCCGGUCCAGGCUCAGGCGCAGCGGCCACCACAACGCGCGGGCGGCGGCCCAGACUGAAUUAAGUGUAGAAAAUAGGAGAAAAUCUGUCAGAAGCACCCUUGCAAAGCAGAGACUGGCAGUGUUCCCUGAUCUCAGAAAUGGCACACCACGGCUUAUGCUCAAGAGAGUCAUGCAGAACCAACCCCAAGUUUCACCACUGGCACCUCAGAUAUCUAGCCAUGAAGAGACACAAGAAGUUCAUUCAGAAGUCCCAUCUAAGAGAGUUUCCAGCAUGGGGGAAUUGCAGCUGCCAGAUGUUGCUCCUGAGGGCAAAUCUAUCACUGUGUUCCACACGACAAAGAAGAGAAGGAAAUUAAGCAUUUCUGAAUUUGAGAGAGCAGCAGAGAGACGACUUCCCCAGAACCAAGCUCCAUCAACGUUGGACAGCACAAUUACGGCUCGAUCCUUUCGUAUGUCUGUGGGUUCCUUGCUGGCCCCAGACACCGUUGAAAAGAGGGGCUUGCUCCGGAGACCAAAAACCCGCAAGGCUCUUGACAUACAGCUGUUUGAAGGCAAAGUGGAACAGAACAUGCUGAACAGCAAAGGACAGAACUAUCUUGUGGACUCACAGUCUAUAUCUGGGAUUCGAACAAGCAUCCUGACAAGUGAUGCAGAAAUGAUGAUGAAUACCACGGAGCUCUUUGUUCAGUCCCAGCUGGAUGAACAGAACCAAAAUAAACUUUCUGCUCUUGAACCCCAGCUGUCAGAUUCAAAAACUUCAGCACAGAGGAGCCUGAUUUCUGAUGGAGAUCAAGAAGAAGAAAGGCUGGAGGGCCUGGUAUCCGAUGUGAGAACAAACGAUGGAAGGACCCAAAGAGACUCCGAGAGCUCAAGCCUUAAUGAUGAACAUGUUGACAGAAUGACUCACAUAUCUCCCGAAACCCCUGCAAAGCAGCAAGAAGAAAAGCAAGAUCAAUCCCCACAGAGCAGCCCAAUGGCAGAGAUUUCUUUUUCUGAAGAAGAGGUGGCUGGCACUGCAGAGCAUGGUCCAAGUGCUGGAUAUUCUGAACAUUUGGAGAAGAAGCUGGCUGAAAAAGCAGAAUUGCAGAUAACUACAGCACAGGACAGCAGAGGUGAAACAGAAAUGGCCUCUUCAGCAGGACAGGAACUGGCAGAAGGCAGCGUUGGAGCCCACGGCUCUCCCGGAGCUGAGCUUAAGAUUACCGAUGGCAUUGGAGCUGAAAGACUGGACAGGAACUCUCAUGCCUUUUCCUCAUUUGAUAAACCUGGGAUGAUUUCAUUAGAUGAAAGUGAUGAACAAGGAGAUGAACUACAAGACCAGGCUAUCAUGCUAGAUUUGAAUAGUUCAGUGGAAGAGCCUGCUCAGGAUGAAGCUGAACAGCCUGCAAGUCGAGAAGCUUCCAUGAAGACUCCUGCAUUUGUCCGUGCUCCAGCCAAAAACCUCCUGCUGUCAACGUCACAUGUUGAAAAAGUUGCUGCUCCCAGGUCUCCCCAGCAGCUGCUGGAGCACAAGACAGUUCCAAAGAGAUUGGGACCACCUCAGAGGAAACCACGUGAGCCUCAAGUACCAGGGAGUUUGAUAAAGGAGAUAUUCAGACAUUUUGCUAAAAUGCCAGUGACCAAAGAGGCAUUCAAAAUUGUUGAAAAAUGCUCUGAGAGAUACUUCAAGCAGCUGAGCAGUGAUCUGGAAGCUUACACCCACCAUGCAGGGAGGAAGACAGUGGAGGCAGCCGACCUGGAAGUCCUCAUGAGGAGGCAAGGGCUGGUGACAGACAAGAUGCCGCUGAAUGUGCUGAUAGAGCGUUACCUCCCUCUGGAGUACCGGAAGCUCCUGAUUCCGAUUGCAGUGAGUGGAAAUAAAGUGAUCCCUUUCAAGUGAAGCUGAAGGGAUGGCCCCUGGGGGUGGGAAGGUGGCCUGCUCCCAGGGGCUGCUCCAGGUGGUGCUUUUCCACACCUAACCAGUCAGGCAACAACUGCUGGAUGUUCUGAGUGGAGGCAGGUUGUGCUGUGGCCACCACACCACCCUGCUGGGUCUCACCAGCCUUUGUUACAAGUAAUUUGACUAUCCAUAUUUUUAUACAUUACCUUUUAAUACUUGUACAGUUCUGAUAAAUAAAAUGUUACAUGUG